CACUUGAACUCUCACUUACAUCAGUCGUGCUAAUGACAUCAAACGCAAAUCACGAAAACGAAGCAGUUGGAACUAAGACCAUAGCAACUAAGGAAGCACCGAAGAUGCCGAACAUCAAAGUAUUUAGUGGAACUUCACACCCAGAUUUAGCAAAACUCAUAGUUGGUAGACUUGGUUUAGACUUAGGAAGAGCAACAUUAAAGAAAUUCAGCAACAAAGAAACUAAUGUCGAAAUAGGAGAAUCAGUAAGAGGUGAAGAUGUUUAUAUCGUGCAAAGUGGUUGUGGUGAAAUCAACGACAAUCUAAUGGAACUACUGAUUAUGAUUAACACAUGUAAAAUUGCAUCGGCUUCCCGUGUGACUGCAGUUAUACCAUCUUUCCCAUAUUCCAGACAGGAUAAGAAAGAGAAAAGUCGUGCACCGAUCACUGCAAAGCUACUUGCUAAUCUCAUAUCAGUCGCUGGAGCCGAUCAUGUUAUAACAAUUGAUUUACACGCAUCUCAAAUUCAAGGCUUCUUCAAUAUACCUGUGGAUAAUCUAUACGCCGAACCCGCUGUCACCAAAUGGAUAAAAGAUAACAUACCUGAAUGGGAAAGCAGUGUCAUGGUUUCCCCUGACGCAGGUGGAGUAAAACGUAUGACGUCUAUCGCAGAUAGACUUGACAUCGACUUUGCAAUCAUACACAAAGAAAGACAAAGGGCUAAUGAUGAAGACGACGAUUCGACCGUUCUUGUAGGGGACGUGAGUAAUAGAACAGCAAUUAUGGUCGAUGAUUUAGCAGAUACUUGUGAUACAAUUGUUAAAGGUGCAGAAAAGUUACUCGAAACAGGUGCUAAUAAAAUAUACGCCAUAGUUACUCACGGCGUCCUCGCAGGCAAUGCUAUUGAUAAAAUUAACAAAUCGUGCCUGGAAGCAUUUGUUGUAACGAAUACAAUACCACAAGACAAAAAUAUGAAGUCGUGUCCAAAGCUACAAACUAUGGAUAUAUCGGUGAUGUUAGCAGAAGCUAUACGAAGGACCCAUUACGCUGAAUCUGUUUCAUACUUGUUUAACAAUGUACCUUACUGAACAAAUUAUAAUUACAUAAUAUAUAAAUCAUAUAACAUAACUAAAAUAAUAUAUUUCACGUCACAUUUAUUAAUUACAUUUACUAUUAAAAGAAAUAA